AUGGCAGGGAUGGCAGAGUUGUGGUGGUGCAAGAGAGUCGUGUGGUGCAACCCGACGUGGCACAAGAGGUGCAACUGCAUGGUGGUGCACGUGAGGGCUCAAGUGGUGCACGUGACGGCUCAAGUGGUGCACGUGAGGGCUCAAGUGGUGCACGUGAGGGCUCAAGUGGUGCACGUGAGGGCUCAAGUGGUGCACGUGAGGGCUCAAGUGGUGCACGUGAGGGCUCAAGUGGUGCACGUGAGGGCUCAAGUGGUGCACGUGAGGGCUCAAGUGGUGCACGUGAGGGCUCAAGUGGUGCACGUGAGGGCUCAAGUGGUGCACGUGAGGGCUCAAGUGGUGCACGUGAGGGCUCAAGUGGUGCACGUGAGGGCUCAAGUGGUGCACGUGAGGGCUCAAGUGGUGCACGUGAGGGCUCAAGUGGUGCACGUGAGGGCUCAAGUGGUGCACGUGAGGGCUCAAGUGGUGCACGUGAGGGCUCAAGUGGUGCACGUGAGGGCUCAAGUGGUGCACGUGAGGGCUCAAGUGGUGCACGUGAGGGCUCAAGUGGUGCACGUGAGGGCUCAAGUGGUGCACGUGAGGGCUCAAGUGGUGCACGUGAGGGCUCAAGUGGUGCACGUGAGGGCUCAAGUGGUGCACGUGAGGGCUCAAGUGGUGCACGUGAGGGCUCAAGUGGUGCACGUGAGGGCUCAAGUGGUGCACGUGAGGGCUCAAGUGGUGCACGUGAGGGCUCAAGUGGUGCACGUGAGGGCUCAAGUGGUGCACGUGAGGGCUCAAGUGGUGCACGUGAGGGCUCAAGUGGUGCACGUGAGGGCUCAAGUGGUGCACGUGAGAGCUCAAGUGGCGCACGUGAGGGCUCAGGGAUCCUUGGUUUCUGUUGGAAGUCUGAUGGCCUCGUUUCUCUGCAAAUCCCACUAA